AUGUAUUUUUAUAUUACAAGGCUUUGGGUUGAAUUUUAUAAAUCAUUAAGUGCCGAUGGUGAUGUUAAUUAUCUUAGUCGAACAGCAACAGUUAGUAUUAAUAUUGGAACAGAUGCUUAUUUCGAUAAUGAUACGAGUCUAGAACAGUUUGAAAGACUGCUGGAAUUCAAACGAGACUAUAAGGUUGAACUAUGUAAAGAAUUAGGUGUACAAUUACCAGCUAAGGUCAAAUUAGAUGAAAUUCGUGAAAUACUUUCAAAACAUCGAGCUUUUCAAAGUGACAAUAAUAUGGUUGAUUACCUCGAUCAAGUCCAUCUGUACAGUGCUAGACCAAAAAAAAUUAGUGAAUGUGCAAUAACAGCACAUGAUUCACCUCGACGAAUUAUAAAUGAAGCAUUAUUAGAUGUUCAUACAGAUGAUGGAACAGCUAUACCCAGUUAUACAGCAUCACAUCGUACUAUUGAACGCAAAUGUAAAAAGGAUGACAUACCAACAGUAAUCAAUGGUGGUGAUCGGUCUUUAUUAUAUGAUAAUGAAGACAGUGACUACAGAACAAUUGUAUUAUCAUCUGAUGAUGAUUUAAACCGUUUAUCAAAUUCUGAACAUUGGCAUGCUGAUGAUACAUUCAAGGUAGCUCCACAACUUUUUUGUCAAUUAUAUACAAUACAUGGUUUUAUGCGUGGACGUUCUGUACCACUGGUGUAUGCUCUUCUUCCUGGUAAAUCUGAAGCCGUUUAUGGUGAACUAUUUAAUGUUUUGUUACAAAAUGUUAGCAAACAUCCAAAAUUAAUUACAGUUGAUUCUGAGAAAGCUGUCGAACAUCUUAUUAAACAAAAAUUAGCAACAAUAACAAUCAGCGGAUGUUGUUUUCAUUUAGAACAAGCUUUAUGGAGAAAAAAACAAGAUUUAGGCUUGCAAUAA